CACCCCGCCGCGAGGGGAAGGGCGGGGCUCUUUUGGCGAGAGCGGUUCGCGCGCUCGGGGCCUAGUGGGGACGCGCCGUCGCCGCCAUAUUCCCGGACCACCUUCUCUCUUCCCGCUCUCAUUCCUCGGGGUCGUCAUCCCGCGCCCGGAGUCAUGUCAGAGGGAGUGGAUUUGAUCGAUAUUUACGCCGACGAGGAGUUCAACCAGCCCAGGGCUGAGAAGAUGAAGGAAGAUGCCCCAGAAUGCCCCAGACCUUCUGAAUCAAAGUUGGAAAAGGGAUGGGGAGCAAAUGUGCAAGACUCGGAGUUCAGCAAUGCAGAUCAGAUCGACCUAUAUGAUGAUGUGCUGGCGGCCAGCGCCCAGCCUUCUGAUGAUCAGAGUGCCAGCGCUGAGCCGCCGCCUCCCAUUCGUCAGGAGCAGUCUCCCAAGCCCAACAGCAAGUCUCCUGCCAUCCUGUACACCUACAGCGGACUGCGCAAUAAGCGGGCGGCCGUCUACGUGGGCAGCUUCUCCUGGUGGACCACCGACCAGCAGCUGAUCCAGAUUAUUCGCUCUGUGGGAGUCUACGACGUGGUGGAGCUGAAGUUCGCCGAGAACCGAGCCAACGGGCAGUCAAAAGGGUACGCUGAGGUGGUGGUGGCCUCUGAGAAUUCCGUCCACAAACUCCUGGAGCUCUUGCCUGGCAAGAUCCUCAAUGGGGAGAAAGUGGACGUGAGGCUGGCCACCCGGCAGAACCUGUCACAGUUUGAGGCGCAGGCUCGGAAACGUCCUCCUUGCAAAAUCCCGCCCUGCUUUGGGCCUCAGCUGCCAGGAGUGCCGCCGCGGGCCCAUUCCCGAGAUUCCAGCGACUGCGCUGAUGGACGGGCCACACCCACUGAGAGCCUUGUGCCCCCACCUCCCCGUGUGCUGCCCUACUUCAACCGCCCCCCUUCAGCUCUCCCCCUAAUGGGGCUGCCCCCACCCCCCAUCCCCCCCCCGCCGCCUCUCUCCUCGGGCUUUGGGGUCCCGCCUCCCCCUCCUGGAAUCCACUACCAGCAUCUCCUGCCCCCUCCCCCCCGACUGCCUCCCCACCUGGCCGUGCCUCCCCCCGGGGCCAUCCCCCCUGCUCUCCACCUCAACCCGGCCUUCUUCCCCCCACCGAACGCCGCACUGGGUCCCCCGCCGGAUGCUUAUAUCAAGGCGUCCGCGCCCUAUAACCACCACGGCAGCCGAGAGCUGGGCCCUCCGCCCUCUACUGUGAGUGAAGCUGAGUUUGAGGAGAUCAUGAACCGAAACAGAGCCAUCUCCAGCAGCGCCAUUUCCAAAGCGGUGUCUGGAGCCAGUGCAGGGGAUUACAGCGACGCCAUUGAGACUCUGCUCACAGCCAUCGCCGUCAUCAAACAGUCCCGUGUCGCCAAUGACGAGCGCUGUCGGGUCCUCGUCUCCUCCCUCAAGGACUGUCUUCAUGGCAUCGAAGCCAAGUCCUACAGCGUGGGCGCCGGGGGGAGUUCUUCCAGGAAGAGACACCGGUCUCGCGAGCGGUCACCCAGUCGGUCCCGUGAGAGCAGCCGGAGGCACCGGGACCUGCUCCACAAUGAGGAUCGGCACGAGGAUUAUUUCCAAGAAAGGAACCGGGAGCACGAGAGGCACCGGGACAGAGAAAGGGACCGGCACCACUGAGGAAGGAGUCCGAUUGGAAGGAAAUUUUUUUUUAACGGACUUGCAUCUCCUCACCUCGAUCAGGACUAAAGGACGGAGGCCGCCCCACCCUCUCCCCCUUCCCCAAGCCCCCGACUCCCUCCAGCCACCCCGGGAAUGAACGCCCGCUGCCCUCCGAGACCGAAGAGGGCCCGGCUGCCCUCCUUAACCCGUCCGGGGCCCCGGCGCUGCCCCCGCUUGCCUGAGGGAAGACCAAUAGACAGGGUGGAGCUGGCAGGAACGGGGAAGCAGCAGGUUGGGAACGUCUGGGCCCCGACGAGAAAUGGUGCUCUGUCCACAGAAGUCUGUGGGUCUCUGACUCUCCCGGGCGGCCGAGAGAAAGCCGAUGUUCCUAGGGAGGGGUCCGGAGAGGGGCACCAGACUCGCGGGGGCCAACAAUGUGUGUGUGAGUGAUUGUGUGGGUGAGUGUGCGCGUGUCCCAACUCUCCCCUUACUGCACUUCUCUGACCAAGCCUUCGGCCUCCCAUCCCUCCGCGGAGGGGCCGUGCAAGAGCCUGCUUCCUUCCAGCUGCUCCCGCCCCACUGUCCCGCGUCGACGGUUCAUUUCCCCAGAUCUUCCCGAGUGACUCGUGACCCCCGCCUGCCCCCGUUGCCCUGGCGCUGCCCAGCCCCCUGCGUGCGCGUCUCCCCCCCGGCCCCCGAAGAGCCUGUCUGGCCUCGGCGAGCUUGCCGCCGUCCCCCUCCAAAACCCCGCAACACAUUAAAGGUUCAGGAGGGCUCAGCAAAGUACCGCUUCCCCCGAUCGUUCCAAUGCUUUGGCUGCUUGUCAAUCAGUGCCCCCGCGCAAAUGGACAUUCCCUUUCUCCCAAGCUUCCGCCCGGCACCCCCCCGAGUCCUUUCCCCAACAGGGACCGCUUCCUUGUCGGGCGGGCCAAGGUUCCUCGGCCUCGGCAGUGGCGGCGAACGGUUUGACGUCCCGCCAGCGGGAAAGGCGCUUGGGAUGCGGGCGGGAAGUGGAGUGGACGGGGGCCGGAGGGAGAGGAUGGAGAGGAGACAGCGACUUUUCUCAGAGGUGUGAGGGAGCAUGUGCCUCCCUCUUCCUUUCCCAAAGCGUCACCCUUUUCAGAGUCCAUCAGACUUCCCGCCCUUGGAGCGUGAGCCCUCUAAGGCCGGGGAUCCUCUCAGAUCGGCACAUUCUUACCCCGGCGAAAGGGUGAGGGAGAAACCGGGCCCCAACCUCUUAUCUCCGCCGCAACUCGGAACGGCGGAGAGGCCCGCUCGGCACGUGGGCAUCUGAAUUGGCACGCGGGUGUUGCCAAGUAGAGAGGCUUUGGCCGACACAUUGGGUUUCGUUAGGAGAGAGAAGGCGGGACGCUGGGUCUCGGCAGCGGGGGCCCAGAGAGCCAAAGGGAACGAGGGAGGCCGGAUUAGAUCGCGCCAUCCUCCACCACACGUAAAUAUAUUUCCGAAACCGGCCUUGGCUUGGCACUGAAUGAAUUUUCCUCCCGGGUCAGGGAGACACAUUCCCUUGGGGCAGAGGGGAAGGGAUGGCGGCUUUCCCCCCUCACCCUCCUCCCAUUCCCACCCCAACCUCCAUUUCCGGCCGAGUGUUAAGUGGCGUGUUUAUCCGGGAGAGCAGCUCCGGGUGUCUUUUUAAAAUGUACAGAAAAACCAAGUGAGGUGACAGUUAUUCGAGGAAAAAAAAAAAAUGUAAAAUAACCAGAAACCUGUUGGCCCGGAGAAAGUCUGUGUUUUCUUUAUCCGUCUGUUUUGUUUUUUACUUGAUGACACUUUUUUUAGUUUUAUUUCCAGAUAGUGGAAGAAGAAAAAAUUUAAAAAAGCCCUAAAAAAAAAAAGCAGAAGGCCAAGGCCCCGUCCCCCUGUUGUCGGUGAUUUGAUUUGUUUGUCUCUUUCUGAUAGGUUGGAAAUUGUGUAAUAAACUUGAUGACGCUGUCAAUCUUUUA